AUGACAAAAGUCAAAAUCCUUCGUCAUCCUCAUUGCCCCCCAUCACGGAAGGUACUCUUACUACUAGGUUGUGAUCCUCAUGGGCUACAUCAUGCCUGUUUCCUCUGUGCAACAGAUCCAGAUGUUAGUGAAUGGUGUCCGUACACCACGCCGUGGUUUCGACAAACUUACUAUGAUGGACCGCCAACCUCUCAAGAGGGCAGUGACCAUGACACAGAGUUGGACUUGGGUAAUGAUCAGGAAGAGACGGAUGCUGAAGAACGUGUGUGGGACUGGAUUGACAAGUUCAUUAGCACAUGUUGUGGCCAUGGGGCUGUUCACGUCGAUUCGGUGGGAUGA